AUUAUUUCUUGAUCAGCGGGGUUUUCGUCUCUUAAAGCAAUGGUUCGGAAACAAUAUCAGGAAGCUAAAACAGGGUUCCAGUUGUUGAAAUCGAUAGAUGUGGAUAAAACUUUGAGGAAGAUAGGAUUAGGCAGAGAAGAUCAUCACUUUUGGAAACUAAUUGGGAAAGCAUUGUUGUGCAGGUACACGCUCUUCGGCGUCUCAUGGCACUACAAUGAAACGUCGCCGCUGGGGUGGUGGACAUUGAAGCCUAGGCCGAAGGAAGAAAGGGAGUUAGCCCGUUUAUAUGAGCGCAGAGAGUUUCCUUAUCCCGGUGAUGCUGAGGCCAUGGAAGAGUUCAUUGCCAAGGGAGGCAUGAUUGGGACGACGCUUGGCCCCAAAGGUAUAAUUGAGACUGAUAAAGAUUCGUUUAAUUAUCAGAAAGAGUUUGAGCAGGAAGCAAUGAAGCUUGGGCUCAGGAUGAGGAAUGAAGUUAUUUCAGAGCUUCAAGAGAAAGGGAACGGUGCUUAGUGAAGUGGUUUUCUGCAAUGGUGUUCAGAUUGUUAAGCUCGGUUAAAUUGUGGAGGGUUUUGCAUGGUUUUCUUUGUUUCUUGUUUGGAAUUGGAGUUUUCCAGGAUGAUGUGUGUUUAUCAAUGGUUCUGUUAACCCUUUUAAAUGUUGCAUAUUAUUUCUUGUUUGAUAUCCCAGUUACGUGCUUACGUUGGGUGUAACUGUGUCGAGCUCAAGCUGUACUAGUCUCAAGCUAGCCUUGAAAUUUGAGGCCAAAGCUUGAUUAAAGCUGGAUCACGUUUCAUUUAUAAAGGCAAUGUUGAACCAGACUUUAGUUCAUAGCUUUAUAAUGACAAUGUGUUUG